UUUUCUUCUUCUUCAUUUUCUUCUUCUUCUUCUUCUUCUUCUUCUUCUUCUUCUUCUUCAUCUUCUUCUUGUUCUUUUUCUUCUUCUUCUUCUUCUUCUUCUUCUUCUUCUUCUUCUUCCUCUACUUCUUCUUCUUCUCCCUCUACUUAUUAUUAUUAUUAUUAUUAUUAUUAUUAUUAUUAUUAUUAUUAUUAUUAUUAUUAUUCCUCUACUUCUUCUUCUUCCUCUACUUCUUCUUCUUCUUCUUCUUCUUCUUCAUCUUACUCUUCUUCCUCUUCUUCUUCCUCUACUUCUUCUUCUUCUUCUUCCUCUACUUCUACUUCUUCUUCUUCUUCCUCUUCUUCUUCUUCUCCUUCCUCUUCUUUUUCUCCUUCUUCCUCUUCUUCUUCUUCUCAUUCCUCUUCUUCUUCUUCAUCUUCCUCUUCUUCUUCUUCUUCCUCUACUUCUUCCUCUUCAUCUUCUUCUACUUCUUCCUCUACUUCUACUUCUUCUUUUUCAUCUUCCUCUUCUUCUUCUUCUUCUUCCUCUGCUUCUUCUUCUUCUUCCUCUUCUUCUUCUUCUUCUUCUUCUUCUUCUUCCCCUUCCUCAUCUUUUUCUUCUUCUUCCUCGUCUUCUUCUUCUUCUUCCUCUUCUUCUUCUUCUUCUUCUUCCUUUACUUCCUCUUCUUCUUCUUCUUCUUCUACGGCCGGGGCGCUGGUGGUGCUGGCCCUAGGAGGCGGCGGAGGCUUCGGAUCGAGCUUCAGCAGCAGCAGCAGCGGCUUCACCGGCACCGGCUCAGGCUUCAGCAACAGCAACAGCGGGGCCUUCGGAAGCGGCGGCUCGGGCUUCAGCAGCGGAAACAGUGGCUUCACGAGUGGAGGUUUCGGAGGAGGUGGACACGGUGGCAAGGGAGGUGGAGUUUGCUGUGGAUAG